CUGAUGAGGAAAGUGAGCACAGUGAAGAUCAGACUCUGGACUUCAUUCAUGAUGACACUCAAAGUGCAGCAGAGAAAGAGUCUGUCAUCAGCGUACCAUUUAUAACCUAUGUGAUACCAACCAGUGACCACCAGCUGCUCUCCCACAACUCUUAUAUUGUUGAGAGCCAAGAUGAGGAAGGAGGACAUCUUGAACAGGAUGGUCUCAGUAACAAUGAUAACAACUCUGCCAUGUCAAAGAUUCAUCUCAGCACUUACACAGGUGAAAAAUCUUUCAGAUGUGACACUUGUGGAAAAGCUUUUCAGUAUAAGUCAAACUUAAAUAUACACAUGAGAAUCCACUCAGGUGAGAAGCCAUUUAAAUGCAAAACAUGUGGAACCGCUUUCAGACAUAAUAGUAGCUUGUUGGCCCACAAAAGAAUCCACACAGGUGAGAAGCCGUUUAGAUGCAAAACAUGUGGAAAAGCUUUCAGAUAUAAUAGUCCUUUGACAAUCCACAUGAGAAUCCACACAGGUGAGAGGCCAUUUACAUGCAAAACAUGUGGGAAAGCUUUCAGACAGAGUAGUGAGUUGAGUGUUCACAUGAGAACCCACAGUGGUGAGAAGCUGCACCUUUGUAGUACCUGUGGGAAAAGAUUCAGUGACAACUCAGCAUUGAAAGGUCAUAUGAGAAUCCACUCAGGCGAGACGCCAUAUACUUGCACAACAUGUGGGAGAGCUUUCGGACAGAAAGGUCACCUAAAAUGCCACAUGAGAAUCCACACAGGUGAGAAGCCAUUUACUUGUACAACAUGUGGGAAAGCUUUUGGAUAUAAAUGUCACUUAGACACCCACAUGAGAAUCCACACAGGUGAGAAGCCGUUUACAUGCCAGACAUGUGGGAAAGCAUUCAGACAUAAUAGUCAUUUGACAGCCCACAUGAGAAUCCACACAGGUGAGAAGCCAUUUACAUGCAAAACAUGUGGGAAAGCUUUCAGACAGAGUAGUGAGUUGAGGGCCCACAUGAGAAUUCACACAGGUGAAAAGCCGUUUACAUGCACAAGAUGUGGGAAAACUUUUGGACAGAAAAGUCACAUGAAUGUCCACAUGAGAACACACACUGGUGAGAAGUCAUAACUUUGCAAGACCUGCAAGAAAUGUGUCUCAAUUGGAAAGGCAUAUGACCUCGUGCAGACAAGUGGCCUUGUGUUUGUAAAACAUGUUGGAGAUGAAUCAGUUCUGGUUCAUGGUCAAAGCACACAAGAACUCAUGGAAGUGAGGAGUCACAUGUUUGCAGCACUUGUGGGUAAAGUUCUACUGAAAUCACACGUGAGGAUCAAUAAACAGGAAAAACCAUCGAGCUAAAGCUCCUGUGUGGACGUGUUCACUAAGUGAACGAAGUAAAAUUUACCAUUGAGAGGAGACAACAAUAUGUUGAAGUACAUUUUGUUAAAAACGUCAUCAUCUAACAUUCAUAUCAUGUUUUUACUCACAUUUCCACUGACCACAGUACUUCUUUGAAACAGUCUAAUUUUUAUUUAAGUCUCUGUUGCACCAUGAGUGCAGAAUUCCUCAGUAGUGUAGAUGCUGUUGUCCAAAUUUGGUGUGUUAAUAGUCAAAUCCAAAAAGUUGUUGUCAUAUUAGCAAGAAAUCCACCAUAACAGACAUUUCAUUCCAGCUCACGGCCGUUUCAGCAGCAAUAAAAAAAACUCUGAAAACUUUUGACAAAAAGUCUUUCUCCUAUCAUCAUUGUGAUAUUCUAACACGCCAUAAUCUACUGAGUUUUGACAAUCUCAUUACUUUCAAACGUGC